ACAGGUCGAGCCGCUCUGGAGCACUUGCUGUGAUUGGCUGUUGCUGCUGCUGCUCCUACCUCCGGCUGCACACUUGCUGCAAGAUGCCUGCGCUGUCCCUGCUCUUCCUGUAGCCUUUCCCUUCCCGACUCCCCCGGACCACAGGCUCCCAACCAGCGGGAGGGCAGCCGCUGGUCACCGGAGACCAUGGAGAAGCCGGAGCGAGCCGACGCCGCGGCGGCGGUGGAAGAAGAAGCGGAGGACUCGGCUGAGAACAAGAGGCAGCGGAAAGCCGAGCCGGGGCGGGAAAUCGUCUGGAGAAACGUCGCCCUGAUGAGCCUUCUGCACCUGGGCGCCGUCUACUCGCUGUCUCUGCUCCCCCAGGCUCAGCCGCUAACAUGGCUGUGGGCUUAUUUUUGUUUCAUAAUAACUGCGCUCGGAGUGACAGCUGGUGCCCACCGUUUAUGGAGCCACCGAUCUUAUAAAGCAAAGCUGCCUCUGCGGAUGUUCCUGGCUGCUGCCAAUUCCAUGGCUUUUCAGAAUGACAUCUAUGAGUGGUGCCGAGAUCACCGGGUACAUCACAAAUACUCGGAGUCCAACGCUGACCCUCACAAUGCCACCCGUGGAUUCUUCUUUUCUCAUAUCGGCUGGUUGUUCCUUCGGAAACAUCCAGAUGUGGCAGAGAAAGGAAAGAAGCUGGAUGUUAGUGACCUUCUUGCUGACCCUGUUGUUGUGUUCCAAAGAAAGUACUACAAGACUUCUGUUUUAAUCAUGUGUUUCUUCAUGCCAACUUUUAUUCCCUGGUACUUCUGGGGAGAAAGUCUGUGGAAUUCAUAUUUCUUGGCAUCUAUCCUUCGGUAUACAGUAUCCCUGAAUGUCACGUGGUUGGUUAACAGUGCUGCUCACAUGUAUGGAAAUAGACCCUAUGACAAAUACAUCAGCCCGAGAGAAAAUAGAUUUGUUACAUUUGGAGCAAUUGGAGAAGGAUUCCACAACUAUCAUCACACGUUUCCAUUUGACUACUCAACAAGUGAGUUUGGUCUGCGACUGAACCCAACAACAUGCUUUAUUGAUUUCAUGUGUUGGCUUGGCCUGGCAAGUGAUCGAAAGCGAGCUUCUAAGCAGAUGAUUGAAGCAUGUAAACUGAGGACUGGAGAUGGGAGCGCUUAAAAGAAAAAUGAAGAAAAGCUCAAAGUCCAUAUGAAGAUUUCACUGAUUGAAAUUUGCUGUUAUUUUAACCUGGACAUAUAGUCGUCAUAUUUCAAGCUUGUGACAAUGCAUCUAGCUUUAUUGCAGUUUAUUUUUUUUUUUGCACUUAAUUCUUUCCAUACCAUGCAGGUGAAAGAUAACCUUGAAUUCAUUCAAUAUAUUUUACAAACUGCAAAAAGGCCUACUUAAUCUGCUUGCCAUGCUUUGAUGUAUUGACAGCAGAUGUCCCAUACAACCUGCAGUAUAUGAAGGAGAAACUGUAUAUCCGUUAAGUUUGCUUUGUCCUCAGAUUUUAAAUUCAGUUAUGAUAAUAUAAUGGAUUAAUAAAACAGCUUAGUGAAAUGAUUCCCCACUCUCAAAAGGUGAUGCAGUAGUCUGCAACAUAAUUUCAUAGUUGUGGGUUUGAAAGGGAUAAACUACAUGAAUUUGUUUUAAUAUUAUUGCCAGACAUGUUGUUAAUUUCACAUAUACUUUUAUUUUAUUUAAAUCCAUGCCAACUUUGUACUAGAAACUAGUUACUGUGGGGUAAGUGAAGGGCCUUGAAACUUGUGUAUAUGCAUAAUGAGUUGUUAAGAGUCUUUUGUAUAAUUUGAAACAAAACAGUUUUAUUCAAUUCUGGUCGGAUGAUGUAAUGGAAGAUUGAUUCUUAGGUGCCUCUUGUAUGACAAAGGAGAAUUGUGAGUUGGAGGAAAAGGAAUCUUUAUUAGGUUCAUGGGAUGUGGCAUAUAUUGUGUUCAGAGAAAAUACUGACAGCUUUUUGAUCUUUUUUUGAAACCAAAUUGUGUAAGGUAAAUAUGAUUCGCAGAGUUGAGCCUCAUGCAUAUUUGAACGUUGGAAUCAAGAUUGGUGGCAGACUGUUUUCUCUGUAAAAUAUGUGGUAUUUCCGAUACUUUGAGUAAAGCUGAAAUAAGAUUUGGUUUUUAGAAUGUUUCCUAAUUAGGUUAAAGUAUUUGAAUCUUUUGGGUGCUCUAUUCUUUGCUGUUUAUUCAAAUUAUAUUUUUGUUUAUUUGGUUAUAGUUGGAGCAAAUAUGUAAAGGAGAUGAAAUUUUAAAAUCAAAAUUGUCAAAACAUUUUGAGGAGCAUAGCAAUCAGGAUGUGUUAUUAAUUCAGAAACACAACAGAAAACUCUUAAGGCAGGUAAUAAUUUCCACCUCAUACAUUUAUGCCAGUGUUGAUAGUGAGUUCCAAAGACUAUCCCAACUCAACAUAUGCCUCUACUGUUUGAAUUCUUUAAAGGAAGUGGUUAUUGGUUACCAUUGAGAUUGCUGCUGUUCAUGCUAUGUGUGUGAAAAGCAGGGAGGUAGUGAUAUGCUAGGGGUACAAACGUGUGAUAAUGUGAAAUAAAUAAAUCAUGCAGUAAUCGUAACAGCAAUUCGAAAUCUAUCCAACAUCAUCUGUCUAGUGGUUUGAACUGACCAUUGAACCAUAAGUCAAUAUCAAGAUUAUAGACAAAAUUUUCCCCUCACUAGUAUGGCGACAGAAAUGAGUAGUAUGGUGACUAAAUAGGGUGACAAUGAAAAGAAUUAAAUCCUUAACAUCAAGAAAGGUUUUUUUGAAUGGCAACUUCAGAAUUUCAUUCUUGAGUAAUGGCUACCUUAUUUCCAUGUAUUUGCAUCUGAUUAAAGCCCCAACUCCCCCUAUUUAUAUCACACCCAAUUUGCCAUUCCUCCACUGAGAAACAAGAUAAUGCAAAUUCCUAAUAGGUAAAGCAGCUCAGGUACUUGGCAGCUGUAGCUUGCCAAUUGCCUGUCCUGGCCAUUAUGCCACUGCAGCUUCUGCACACCAUCGGUGCAUGGGCCCUGCAGCACCACCGUGCUCUUUGACUCUUCAUCUCAGAACUCCACGUUGGCAAAUCGGUAGCUUACCACAUUAGCAGGCCUGCUCUUGGACUAACUCUGCCACUGUCCACUAUUUCAGGCCUAUGUCUUGCAUGCUUCUCCAGAUCACUUUGUGCUUAGGGGCACCUAUGUAACUCAUGCAUCUAUGUAGGAUGCUUUUGCGCUGGCGUGAGCACAUUAGCAUCUUAUGGCUGUUAGCUUUCUAGGUGCUGGCUGACUUUAGUACCUACUUGGAGGUUGCUAGUCUCUGUGUGGGUCACAUUGCUUUCUUCACACAGAUUGGAAAGAUCUUUCAGUGCUUACUUACAGGCUACUUCAACCUCUGCUGUUUACCUUGGUUUUUAGUGUCGAUAGAAAGAGGUAGCUUGUGUUACUGGGGAGCAAAUGUUUCAGUCAUGUCACAGUAUGGCGCCAUGCUACAUCAACAUCCGAGCUGCAGCAUGAGCCAGCUGCUUAAAUGCCAAACAAACUCUGUGUGCAUGUGAAUGGUAUUUGUGAAAAUCAAUAGAGCAGAGACCUUAAUUGUGUGAAGGAUGACUACUGUUGCUAAGGGGAUACCCUCCAGGUCCGUUCCCAUCAGUUAAGGGUCUUAUCCAAAUACCAUCGGGCAUUCACUAUGGUGAAUCCUGCAGGUUAAAUGCAACCAGUCCGGGGAUUACAGGUGGGUCUGUUGGGUGCUGUUGAGGCUUCAAUCCUGGGAGCGUGGUAAGCCAAUUUUACCUUCAAUGUGGCAACAAGGGGGAUUGACUUUAAUUGAAAUGAUUGCUACCACAGUUAAUAGUCAUGUAUGCACAGGAGAGCGAGUGAAGUGUCCUCUGAAUGAAUAGGAAGCAUCAAGAGCAGAAAGCAUUAGUAGUUUGGGAGGAUGAGGUGGUGAGAGCCCUUGAAUGAACAUGAUGCAUGCUUGCAUGCGCAGUGUUAGACUGUGUGCUGGCCCUUGAGUGUGAGAUAGCAGAGAGAAAAUGGUGCUACAUGUUUGCCUGAAGCUCGGAAGAUCACUCACCCUCUUGAAGUACUGCUGGGCAUCCCUUUUCACGCAGGACACAGCAAAUUCUCUCCAGGCUGACUAGGUGUGGUAGCAUGGCCUCCUUUGGCUGUCAACAGAGAAAGAGAGCCCUCCACCACUCUGUCCACCAGCACCUCCAUAUUUCUGUCCUGGAAGCAGAGAGCUAGCUUGCCUUUCCACUCAGAUAAUUUGAGAUCAAAGAGAAUUAAGCUGCACUGUUUAAGAGUUAGUUCUAGGUUUGUGGCAUCUGAAGUGAUGUGCAGCUGAGCUUUAAGUAACAAACCUGAGGCAUGGAGCCUGGAAGAUUUUGCACCUCUGCCUCACUUGCCAUGCAGUUUCCUCGAGAAACCUGCUCAACAGUUCAGUAGUAUAAUUAAUAAAGUGAAAAGCAAAAGAUUGCAUGAGAACAUUCAGCCUGGGCCAUGGUAGUGCAGACACCAUGAAAAUUCACGCUACCGCACUUUAACUGUAAAUGGGAAAAUUCCACCUAGAUGUCAAUUCUUUUAACCUUAUAUAACUAUUUGUUCUAUAUAUAGUGAUGUGAUGUGUUCUAUGUCUUAUUUAUGGGUUAGAUAGUAUAUCUACUGUUCUGUACUGUUAUUCUUUAUUAAUGAUAAUGCAAGAAAUUACUUAGAAUAUUUUCUUUUAAUAUCUGAAUAAACCAAAGUCUGAUCUUGCAAUUACUUAUGGAUUUGACCACAGUUAAAUAAAUUAAAAAUACUGAAGAGCAAAA